UUUGUCAAAACAAAAGUCGGCGUUCUUUUUUAUUUUGUAAGAAAAGUUAAAAUUUAUUUUUAGUUUCAACUUCAACAAAAGUCUGUUUAACAUUAAAUGUUUUCAUAAAAAAUAAACAAUAUGUCCACAACCGAACUAAUUCAAUCGGCUUUUCCACUACCCGCCCAAAGCGAAGAUAGCAUUUCCAAUUGUAAGACUGUAGGCAUCAAGAGACCCUCGCGUACCGAACCCGCAGAACAAGAUCGAGGAACAUUUUUUCGCGCUUUACAAAGUUUCCAUGAAUCUCGAAACACUCCCAUAACUCGUCUACCCAAGAUAAAUGGCCAAGAAGUUGACCUAUAUGUGUUGUACAAUGAGGUCACUAACCGCGGCGGCUGGCUGAAGGUCAAUAUUCGCAAUGAAUGGAACGAGCUGGUAGAGAGUUUGGGCUUUCAGCCGACAUGUGUUAAUGCAGCUGUAGCUAUAAAAUCUAUUUACACACGCUAUUUGGAUAAAUAUGAGCGAUUGCAUUUCCUCGGCGAAGAUCCGGAUAAGAACGACGAUUUGGAUGACGAUGGCCGACCGAAGAAAUGGUCAUCCAAAACGUACAAUUCGAUUCCAAUGACCUACAACUACAAACAACAUGAAUUGAAUGAAGAACAAAGGAAUGCGAAUCGAAUGUCCGAGGAUCUGUACAAAGCGUCGGAGUACGAUAGGCUACUGCUUUCUCUGAUAUCGCCACUUCCGAAUGAACAGGACUUUGCCAUUAACGUGUGUACGCUAAUGUCCAAUGAGAGUAAACACACCCUGAAGCUAGACCACUGUCCGAAACUUCUUGACGCUCUGCUGGCUCAUGCUGGAGUUUUUUGUCAUUAUUCCAUGCGUGAGCUAUUCCAAGAACUAUAUUCAAAUGUGAGGAAGCAUUCAUUGCAAACGUUUUGGAAGGAUCUGCUUUAUGACAAACCACAAAUCUUGGAGCUUUCUUUUGACGACUUUUUAACAGAAAAGAAUAUAGAAAAUUCAGACUUAGAUGGUCCAGCAUUGGAAAGAAUCUUCCAAGAUGGCUUAAAUGCCAAUUCAGACGACGCUUAUAUGCGUUCCCUGGAUUUUCUCUCAUUGGGACCAGGCCUCGGCACCCAGGAAUACAUUGGUCAGCGAAUUCAUCAAGUUUCGUCGAUCAUAAGAAAUUUAAGUUUCUACGAAGAGAACACAUAUGUAUUGGCAAAAAAUCGAACUUUUGUGAGGUUUCUGGUGAUGGGAGCUAACAUUCGCUGGGGCAAUCUCCACCACAUGGUUUUGGAUAUGUUUGGAAAUAUUGCUAAUGAAUUAGAUUUACUAGAUCCAACACUAGAUGAAUUGACACGUUGUCUAAUGUCGACAAUUUGCGAGGGAAUUGAGAGUUCCGAUCGGGGUGUUAUCAUCAGUUGUCUGGAAGUGUUGUAUAAGAUCUGCCAACAGGAUAGCAAUGAGGAGCCUAUACACAAGUGUCUGGAUCAGAAAUUUUAUAACACAUUAUGUCUGUACUUGUCAUUGAAUGACAUAAUGCUCUUGUUGUACACUUUGGAGGCUAUCUACGCACUCAGUUCUUUGGGACAUAAAUCGUGUAGCUCUUUGGUGCAGGUUAAAGGUAUCAUUAAUUCGCUCGUGUCGCUAAUCACAGUUGAGGCACAAUCUUAUGGCCCGGAUGGGUGUAUUCUUAUGCGAGUUGUUGAAACAGUUCCUGGGAAUAUGUUACCAAUGGUUGCCCAAAACAUUGCAAAUAUUGCAAACUUACAAAAUGCCAUACAAACAACUCAACCACCGUCUCAAACUUCUGAAAAAAGUUCAAUGGGCCGAGCUUCUCCAGCACCAAAUCGACCAAAUCAAGAAGCAACCCCCACUCAUGGAACAAAAUCACCAGUUCCCACAAACCAAGAUCAUGAAAAUUUCGCAUUGUCUUGGCUAAGUGCUACUUUUGAACCAACACCUUCACCUGAUAGUCGUGUUGAGCAACAUGAACUCUACCGCAUGUACUUGUCGGCCAUUCAAAAAUGUGGUCGACGAGGCAUUGUUUCACACACUCAAUUUCCGCGUAUGGUUCGAACGAUUUUCGGUGCGCAAGUUGUGCCCAAUUAUAAUAAGAAAGUUGAAAACCCUGAGGGCACUAAAGAAUAUUACAUUUGCAUUCGUGUUCGAUCAAAUCCAUUGCCAAUCCAAAUGAAAGUCUCUACAACUCCGAAAGGCUUAAAAGAUGGCAAACAAAAGCUAGAACCGGGAUCUUCAAAGAAAUCAAAGAAAAAAAUUCGCUUACACGAACAAAUGCGACAGGAACAAUUACAGAAAUCUACAAUUACAACACCACCCAUGAGCCCUGUGACUGUUCAGAAGCAACAGCAAAUCGUUAAUACUCCAUCAAAUCAACCAGUUAUUGUAAAAUCUGAUAUGAAUGUCCAGCAGUCCGCACAGCAGACUCAAGUUACCCCUCAAGCCUCGAUCAAACAAGAAACACAAAUAGUAAAUACCCCUCUAAGUCUGCCACCUAUGACACCUAUCUCAAAAAAUGUUAACCCCAACAUGCCACAAAUUUUGGGAAAUGUUCUUGUUACUCCAUCUAAUCAAGCGACAAUAGUUCAACAGGCAGCAAAGCCAAUUCAAAUUACAACUAUUGCUGAACAACCACAAAUGGCCCUCCAACAACAGAUUCAAUUGCCUACUUUAUCACAGGCACAGACGCAACCGCAACUGCAGCCACAAGCACAACUAAACCAACAACAACAACAAAUUAUUGUUAACGCCAAUCCAAGUUCGUCAACAUCAAAUGGUGGUAACGGUGGUGCACAGCCAUCCUCGUCAUUAGUUAAAAGCCUAUUGGCAAAUAAGGUAACAUCUUCCCCCACAGCUACAGCUAUUACUACUACCAAUACUACUUCUGCUACUGCCAAUGCCAAUAUCCCUGCUGCUGUUGUAAUCGAUACGAAUGCGAGUGCAGCUCUAAGUACUCCUCAAAGUUGUUUGAUUACCCAAAGUGUUAAUUUGCAUCAGGUGGCUCAACGUCAGCAAAAACAAAAAGAGCUCGCUGCCCAACAGCAUCAACAACAACACAGUUCACCAAUGAAAAUGGCCACCACAUCGCUGAGUGCUGUGGUUAAUAAUCCUAUGAUGCACACGACGCCAAUCAAAGUAGGCCAAACAACAAUCAAGCCCUUGAAUAGCAGUUGCAGUGAUAAGAAAACAACUAUCAUAACUAGCGAGAAUUCGGAUAAUUCUAAUUGGGAUCCCAUUCCACCAUUGGCUCCUUUAAGCUCGGGUUCAUUGAUCCGUUCGAACGUCAUUAUCCAGCAGCAGCAAGUUUUGUCGGCAAACGAUGAUUCGAGCUCAGCUUCGAUGGCUUCAAGUAUUAUUAGUUCAUCUCAAAUUGAAGGUGAUGGAUCAUUUGCGAGCUUUGAGGGUUUGCUUAUGUCGAAGUCAAAUAAGACUGUCAGUUCAUUUGGCAUCGAUGACGAUAGCUCUAAGGAUUCUCUGAGUCGCGGCUCUAAGGACAGUGUACGCAUGAUUGGUGCAAAUCAGAUGCUUGUUGAUUUGUUGGAUAAAAAAGCCUUGGAACCACCAAUGGGUGGAAAAAGAAAACAUGACGACGACUACGAAGAGUCUGAUGAAAAGAAAAUCCUUCUCGAGGUGGAGCCAAAGGUCACCGCCUCUAAGAAUGCAGCUAAUCUCUAUGCCGAAAUGGCAGCUUCUAUUCUCGAAGAUGAAGAUUUGGAAGAGGAGCAACAGGUGCCACAACAGGCAUCUGUUAUCCAACAAACGAAGUUGGCAGUUCAACACCAGCAACAACAGCCAGAGCCACAGAAUCAAUUGAUUUCAGUGCCGGUAAAUGUGCCGCGCCAACUGAUUAUGAAUCCCAAUAAUCCCAAUCAAAUGAUUCUGUCUCAAGGUCCGCAGCAACAAAGCCUUCCAACUGCUACGGCCACAAUUAAAACCGAUCAGGGUCUGCAGACUGUUCCGUGCAUUCUGCAAAAGAACUCAAUGGGACAACAGAUCCUCCAGCCAAUGAUGUCACAACAACAACAGCCGCAAACACAAACGCAGUAUGUCCUCGCAACCAAUCCCCAGGGACAGACGUAUCUUGUGGCUCAGCAGACGACUCAGCCUCAGCCACAAACCCAGCGCUUGUUGGUCACUCAAACGCCACAACAACAAGCCGCCGGUACAAAGACCAUCAUAAUUCUCCAACAACAAGGUCAGCCCGUUGGUCAGCAGCAAAUGAUUAACACAUCUCAACCCCAGAAGGUAAUAAUGACUACGUCACAGGGCCAGCAGAUGAUUGUUACCCAAAUGGCACGCCCAGUACAACAUCAGAUCUAUAUGAAUACUGCUGGAACGAACGUCAUUCAAACCGGACCAAUUCCCGUCCAGCAGCAGAUGAUUCAGAAACAGAUCACGAAUCAAUCAGGAAACGCAAAUAUUCUCUCUCAGCUGUCACAUAUACCGGCUACAAUCAAAAUCCAUCAAACAUCGUCGCCCAUGGUAACGUCAUCAAUUGCGCAAUCGAUCACAACAACAGCAGCAACUACAUCAUUACCCCGUCUAGGGAAGUCCGUAUCAAUAGUACAACAGCAGGGCGUUCCUCCCCCACAGACACAGAUGACUCCAGCGGUAAUGCAAACGCAGAUUGUGCAGCACACUGGAACUCCAGGCGGAACAGAAAAGCGGCAAGUUAUCAUUUCUAGCGGCAGAACAAUUGAAUAUGCCGAUUCCCAGUCACAACAGGGUUCACAAGUAAUGCGGAUGAUACAGCCUGCGACGACAAAACCACAGCCACAAAUUCAGCAGGUGUCACAAGCGGCACAGAAAGUAACAACUGCAGCUGUACAAAAACCAGCUAUACGUCCAGGUUUGCAAAUUCAGCAGCAAUCGGCUGCAAUAACUCCAGCACCAGUGAAAAUUCCGACUCCCCCACCACCACCACCUGCUCCUGCACCUGUGCCAGCUGCUGCUCCCCCCGCCACAUCAACACCUCCGCCAACUGUUACCAGGGUUGCACCUUUAAAACCCAAACCAGAAGUAAAAGUUGAAGUUAAAGCGGAGAUAAAAGAUGAGCCAAAAACAGAGAAGACGGAUGACGAUAACCAAGUCGAUCCUAAUUGGCUAUUCGUUUGUGAUUGGCGAAAUUGUCCCAGACGGCGGUUUAAAUCUAUUGCUGACUUGCAUCACCAUACUUGUUUGGUGCAUUGUCCCGAGCAUUUGGAUGUUGGUGCCGAAAUUUUCUGUCAAUGGGGCACUGGGCCAGGAUUGUGUGACGGCAUUCCACGCAAACGGUUCUCGCUCAUGACACAUAUUCUAGAUCGACAUUUAACCAUUGAGAGUCUUCGAGGAGCAGUACAACGACGUUUGGCUAAUGGCGCCCAAGCCCCUAGUACAGGUCCGCCCGUAACAAUUAUUAAAAACUUUGCAGCAGCUGCUGUUGCACAACAACAAGCUGCGGAGAGUACGCGGGGAACCGCAUCGCCGGCUCUCUCCACAUCAUCGAAUGGUUCAGUACCAUCUACAGGAAGUGCUGCUUUGCAUGCAAUCAAAAGACACGCAUCCGAUUUCAUCAAUCCCAAAGAGCUUAUGGACGAAAAUGAAGGUCCAGUUACCAAGAGUAUUCGAUUAACAGCUGCUUUGAUUCUAAGAAACUUAGUAACUUUUACUCCACUAGCUAAAAGGACUCUGCGGCAGUAUGAACCACAUUUGGCAAGCGUUGCUUUAAGUAAUGUUGAGUCCAGUGGAACUAUUUCACAGAUUUUAUACGAAUUGAAUAAUUAAAAGAGGAAUUGAUUUUAUGAAUUAAGAAAACGAAUAAGGAAGUAAAAACUAAGAUAAAGGUUAUGUUUAUAGAACAUUUUGGAGCAGAUUAUUUUUUAUUACAUACAUUUCAGUGUUAUUAUUAAUUAUAAAUACAUAUAUCCCAAAAAAUACUUUUUGGAAAUAAAGUA